AUGCUCUCACCUGAUGAAAAUAUAAGAGAACAGAACAUCUUGAGGGGCCAUGGCUCCUGUGGCCGGGGGCCGGGCGGCGGUGGCGGCGGGCUCCGCGUUUUGGAGCCCUCGCUGAGUCCCGUGCGUCCCGAACCCCGGCUUCCGCGGCAUUCCCGGGUCGAGCCCCCGCCGCCGGCCCCGCCUCCCACUCAGUCUCGGCCUGGCUCCGCGACAGGCCCGGCCCGGCGCCCCAGCUCAGCGCCGCUCGCCGGCCUGCCGCCUUCCACCCUGGAGCCGCCGCGCCCGAUAUUGUCCCCGGCGUCCGAGGACUCCAGCUGGGCUGAGAAGCUCGACUCACUGCUGCAAGUCACCGACGGCAAUGUGGCCCGGAUCAAGCAGCGUCUCUGCCCCCUUGGCGUCUCUUCACCAGGCAAUUCCAGCCUGACUCCUUCUGGGUCCUGGAUGCCCUGUUCUAAUCCUGAAGGGGAACUGCUUGGUCACGUCUGGACCCUGGAUCCCCCCUCUGAGGGGCAGGGCUGGGAUGAUGCCUGCUUUUCCUUGUCGAUGUGGGAUGAAAUUACCACUCUCCGGAGCCAGCUCCGGACCCAGGCUCAGGUGACAGUGUUGAUGAGGCAGGCUGUACAGGGCCUGAUGGAAGACAGGGAGCGUCAGAGAUGUCAGAUUGAUGACCUGGAAGAGGAGCUGGGCCGGCUGCGAGGGGCCCCUAAAGGGCGAGCGAGGUUGGAGCAACGCAUAGAAGACCUGAAUUCAGAGCUGCAGAGCCUACGUCGACAGCUGCUGGCCCGUCCUGGGGAGGCCAGUGUGACCGCCCUCUUGCGCCAGGAGCUACAGAAUGAUCGCCAGCUGCUGUGGGAGGAGUAUGAGACUGUUCGAGGGGAGCUGAAGCUUCUGCGGGACCAGCUGGGCCAACAGCAGGAGUUAUUACUGAGACAGAUGGCUGAGGCCAGGCAGGCUCAGGGGCGGAGCUGGAAGGUGCUGGAGCAGGUACAGAGCGAUCAGGAAGGCCAUAGCCGGGUGGUGGACGCUGCCAGGGUGGAGGCCCAGGAUGUUCGUCGGGAGAUUGAUCUUGUCAGGGCCAUGGUAUGUUCUUUGCAGGCCCAGGUGCGAGGGGAUCACCCACCCCGGCCAGAUUCUGCGAUCUCUAGCUCUGACCUGAGCCUCCCAGACAGUGACAGCAGCUGGGACAUACCUUUUCGGGAGACAGGACCCCAGCCACAAGGCAGUGGUCAUGUGCUCUUUCUUCUACACCCCUUCUCCCCAUCCCCACGUCCAUCCCUGGGGAGCUUUGUGGCCCAGAGAACAGGAGAUCUCUGA